AUGAAGUUCCUCCCAGUCGUGUCUUUCCUACUCGGAACCGCUCUCGCCCAGGGCCCCAACAGCGGCGGCAGCAGCAGCAGCAGUGCCGGCACCGGCGCACUCUGCCCCGCCGGAUUGUAUGGCCAGCCCCAAUGCUGUGGCAGCGACGUCCUCGGGCUUCUGGACCUCAACUGCACGACCCCAAACCCUGCGCCAUCCGAUCAGACGGACUUCAAAGAUAUCUGCUCGAAGGCGGGCAAAUCCGCAAAAUGCUGCGUACUUCCGAUUGCUAGUCAGGAUGUACUGUGUCAGGAUGCUUAA